AUGAGUAUCAGUCCUCUUUACCUAGCCAAUACUGACAGACAGGCAGUUGCACGAGUGGCUGAUGACGGAUGGCGAUUCCUUUGCACCAAUCCUCGCUUGCGACCCCGACUUCGACUUGUUGGUCCACAAGUGCCGCAUGCCGACGUUAUCAUCACAACCUGCGGAGAAGAAAUUGACGUUGUCAUGGACACUGUCCGAGCAACAUGCGAUCUCGACUAUCCCGCAGACAGGUACAGGAUUCUGGUUGCCGACGAUGCUGCGAAUCCAGAUCUGGAGAUGCAGAUAGCAGCAAUGGCAACCAGGACUCCAGUCACACUCUUGUACUAUGCGAGACCGACCAAAGGUGGAAUGAAAGCGGGCAAUAUGAACGCCGCGCUCAAUUAUCUGCACAGUCUUGGAGGAGCUGAGUAUUGCACCUUCUGUGAUGUUGAUAUGAUUUUCGAACCAGAAUUUCUUCGCGCUACGCUGGCUCUUCUCGUUAACGACGAUCAAGUUGGCGUCGCUGUCGUCCCGCAAAGGUUCUACAAUGUGCCGACCAAUGAUCCACUCUACCAGAGUCUGAACGUGGAUGGCAAGUUCGACGAGAUUCAACGUGACAGCAUGAACUGUGCAUGGGUCACCGGUCCUGGCGUCGUGUUUCGCUGCAGGGCGAUCAGGGACAUUGGAGGCUUCCCUGAAAACGCCCUGGCCGAAGAUAUCUUGACUGGCUUCACACUCCAGGGACGAGGUUGGAAGGUCGUGUAUUGUCGCGAGGAGCUACAAUUUGGUCUUGUGCCGGACACAUUCAAGGCUCAUGUCACACAACGCAUGAAAUGGUUCGUCGGACGGCUACGUAACUCUCGCAGGUUGGACUGCGCUAUAUUCUCGCCCAAGGUGAAAGGAAUGACCUGGAAGCAGCGAAUUAGCGCGAUAUGUCAUUGCGCCUCUCCCAUUGCAUCCAUGAUGAACAGACCGCUUUGUUCCUGGAUCAUUCUUCUGCUUGUUGCUUCUGGACAACCACUCAUUACUGCAAAGUCAAGCGAUUUGCAGAACAUACUGUUUGUAUACCUCCUGGCCAGAAUCACAGCUUUCGUCGAAGAAUUGCUUGCAAGCAACGGCUGUGGUUAUCGAGCGCUUCGCCGGAGGAUCGAAGGUAUGCACUGGCUACACACCCACUUAUUUUUUGCACUUGCCAAAGACCUGUGCCCGAAAUUCGUGGCCGGAAAGCGUAUCGGGUUCAUCCCGACUGCACUGGCUGAGUCCAAGAUUCAGGAACGUCACCCUGAUCGAAGGCCUGGACUUUACCAACGUUUGCGUGUGAUGUUCCUCCACCAACAUUUGUGGUAUCAUGUCGUUGUUGCUACACUCGCAGCAGCAGUCUUCACAGUGGGGCUCGUGAAAGCAAGCAAUCACGGCACUUUGCAUUACGUCCUGACACAUGUGCUGGUUCCUGGCACCGCAUGGAGCAGUCACUUCGCCUCACUCAGACCAAUUGCAUAUGCCGUUUCGCCUCCAACUAUGCCAGAACGACGGGAGCUCAUGUACCGGGACUUUGCUCGCCCAAGACCAGAAGUAAAGGAGAACGAAGACUAUCUUCAAUUGCAUUUGGAGGACGAAUCUCAAGGUCAGACGUUCGAAGUCUGGCGUCCAAAACCCGAACAGAAGCUGGAGACAUGGGAUGCCUGGGCUAUCUUGCCAGAUAUUCCACGUAGCAUUGGUCUCGUUUUCUGGGUUGUCGUUGGUUUGGGUAUGUGCCAGUGA